AAGCGCCUUCCGGAGACCCGCCGACGCAAAGUCAGCGGGUCGACGCCCCCCGCCUCCCCAGGCCGCAGUUUCCUCCGCGCGCGCGCCCCCUCCCGGUUGACGAGAAGCCCCGGCCUGCCGCCGCCGCCUUCCCACCUCCCGCUAAGGGGGCGGGCUUGGCGGCAGCGCGGAGGAUGGGAGAGCGGAGCGGCCGCCGAGGCAACGGCGACGAGCCCUGGAGGAGGACAGCCGCGGCGAGGCUGCUGCUGCCUGGUGGGGCGGAGCGGAGCCCGUGCCGGGCCAGGUGCUUCCCUCCGCGCCGUCUCGCUGCUGCGGCGGCGGCGGCUCCAGGCGGCCUCGGUGAAUCCCCGCACCGCCCAGCAUGAUGCCCGCGGCGGCCGCCACCCGGAGGCAAAGCUGGCUUGUGCCCACGGCGGGAUAGCCCCGGCGCCCGGUCCCGGCUGGUGUCUCCGCUUCGUGCGCUUUGCUGCAGUGCCCCGAGCGCUCGGAGAGUUCCUGAGCCCGAGAAACGGUUGGAUUCAAGUUUCGAUACCCUGUGAGGUUCCCUGUGGCCAGCCCCCAGUCACGGACUCAGCAUAGGAACUCCGUACAGUUUCAGGGCUUUGUUGCAGCAGGAUCUUUUCUGGGCCAGCAAGGGGAGAGGUGAAGAUUGCCAAGGGAUUGUUUAAAAGCCUAAGCAGUGGAGGAAGAUGAGCCACGCUGCACUUCCAUGCCUGCCAGAUGCCAAGUUGGAGAGGAAGUUGUAGGGCUGAGGGGGAGCUGCGUUUGCAGAGCGUAUGUGCAGCAGGCAGGCAGGCAGGCGGGCGGAGAGAGUGCAUGGACCACCCAAGCAGCAGCUGUCCCCAGGCAUCGCGACGGAUGUGCAGCUGCCUACUUGGAGGCAAGGUGUUGUGCUUGGAAAUGACAGCAGCGUACUGUGUGCUGGCAAGGUGGUGAGGGAAUGUGGCUUCUUCAGCCCAAGGAUGAAGUUCCUCUGAGUUGUGGCAAAUGGCUACUUUCUCUUCCUCCAUCUGGCAUGCAGAGUCUCGAAGCUUGUGCCAAGGAGCAGAUGCAGCCAUGACAUCCUACUUUGUGUUAGAACAGUCUCUCCUGCUCCUCUCAAGAAGGAAAGGCAGAGGUGACAGCCUAGGUUGCUGUGAGAACGUGUGAAACCAGCUGUCUUGACCUGAGCAAGGAAGGGGGGUGCAGACUGCCACAGUUCUGGAUGCCAAAGGCUGGCGGGCUUGCACCUGAUGUGAGGAGACUGGAGAAGGUGUGGCUGGAUGCCACCGCCUGCUCUUGAACUGCCAUAACUAGCUUGGUCUCUGCGGCACCCCAAGGACUGCGAAGGUACCAGGGGAAGCUUUGGAAGAAGCCAGAUCUGCCCUGCCCCCCUUUUCUCUCGUGUCUCCCCUUAGGGUCCUCCUUCUAUUGUACCAGAGACGCAGGCCCAGGGGCACGCCCACCCCCUGCUUUCUAGCCUCUUUCCUCUCAACCCCACUAUGAAGUUUUCCUUGCGCUUCUGGUUCCUCUCCACAGCUUUUCUGCUAGUCUUUAUCGUGUCGCUCCUUUUCACCUACUCUCACCACAGCAUUGCCUACCUGGAUCCUGGCGGGCUGAAUGGCAUCCACCGGGUGAAGCUAGUGCCGGGCUAUGCUGGCAUGCAACGCCUCAGCAAGGAGGGGCUGUUUGUGAGGAGCUGCACUUGCCGCAGGUGCAUGGUGGACACAAGCGACUCGGAGUGGUUUGACAGCCGCUAUGACAGUAACAUCUCCCCAGUAUGGACCAGAGAGAACAUGGACUUACCACUGGACGUCCAGCGGUGGUGGAUGAUGCUGCAGCCCCAGUUUAAGUCCCACAACCUGAACGAAGUCUUGGGGAAACUCUUCCAGAUUGUCCCUGGAGAGAAUCCAUACAGCUCCCGGGACUCCCAGCAGUGCCGCCGCUGUGCUGUGGUUGGCAACUCGGGCAACCUGCGAGUCUCUGGCUACGGCAGGGAAAUCAACAGCCAUGACUUCAUCAUGAGAAUGAACCAAGCUCCCACAGUGGGCUUUGAGGCAGAUGUUGGGAGUAGGACAACCCAUCACUUCAUGUACCCAGAAAGUGCCAAGAACCUGCCAGCCAACGUCAGCUUUGUUCUAGUGCCCUUCAAAGCCCUGGACCUGCUGUGGAUCGCGAGCGCCUUGUCGACUGGCCAGAUCCGAUUCACUUACGCACCUGUGAAACCUUUCCUUCGGGUGGACAAAGAGAAGGUUCAAAUCUACAACCCAGCUUUCUUCAAAUACAUCCAUGACCGAUGGACAGAGCAUCACGGGCGCUAUCCAUCCACGGGAAUGUUGGUGCUGUUCUUUGCGUUGCACAUUUGUGAUGAGGUGAAUGUCUUUGGGUUUGGAGCAGACAGCCGUGGCAACUGGCACCAUUACUGGGAGAACAAUCGCUAUGCAGGGGAGUUCCGGAAGACCGGGGUGCACGAUGCAGAUUUCGAGGCCCAUAUCAUUGACAUUCUGGAGAAGACAAACAAGAUUUAUGUUUAUCGUGGCAACUGACCCUUCGGGCCACCUUUUUCCAGUGUUGACUUGGAGACUGGCUUCAGGUGGAUGGGCCAGGCGCAAUGACUUGCUACCUGUUGGGUGUGGGCUGAGCACUGGAUCUCCCAUGAACCCGUCACAGUGGACCCUGGGAAGCCUGCACCGCAAUGAGGCGCCAGUGGGGCAAAUGGGGUACACUGUUUCUGAAAGCAAUUGCAGCAGAAUGACCAUCUUGAAAGGGAGCAAAGAAAGUGUGCAAUUUUUUGUUUUUUUCAAAUCAAGAGGAUUUACAGAAAAGCAAAUGUAAUCAAGUUUUGAGCAUGUAGCUCAGGCUCCACUUGGUGGUUAAAACCAGAUGGUGCAUAUGUCUUCUUUCUUUGAAUGAAGAUGGAAAGUAGGAAGGAACACACAAAAGGAGCAGCCAGCAGCAUCCCAAAUGGGGUGUGGCUGGUCAGAUUUUUCUCCUUUUUUGGAAACUCUCAAAAGAUCUGCCACUCUUAAUCUGCUGACAAUGCUGAGCACUGACCUAUUGCUAAGAACUAGGCACUUUGGGGCUGCCUUUGGGGCUGCAGCUAGGACUACUAGAAGAAGCACUUAAAAUCUAGAAAGACUCUUUGUUUUUUUAAUGAACUUUCGUUUGCUAAAUGCAAUUGCUUCCCACUUUUGCCCAGGGAAGAUCCUUUUUGUGUCUCUUCAUUUUGUACAAUCAGGUUUACAAUGCAAAGUAGCUCGAUCGUAUUUGUUGUUACAAUCAAGUAAGCUCUGGAAGAUUUUGCUUGCGGAAGCAAAGCCUAGGAGGGUCUUCCCCUUGAGAGCAGAGCGGGCUGAAGACCUGUCAUUCGGCACCCUGACUCAGGUGGGUGAGGGGAUGGGUGAUUAUGGACACGUGUGUGUGUGUGUGUGUGUGCGUGCGUAUGUGCAGCUACUCUACCUCCAUCUUUCUGCCCUACCCUGUUACUCAGAGUGUUUCAGCGAUGGGGGAGGGUGCUAGGAAGAUGGUCCCAGGUCCAAAGUUGGCUGCCUCUUGGUUGAAAGAACUCUCCUCAAGACUCCCCUCCAGUAGUUUGGUUGAUUGGUGUAGUUAAGCCCCUGCUGACUGCAGCCGAGAGAGACGGGCUUUGAAAGGUGGAAAGCAAGGCUGCGUUGUUGUUGGAGUCAUUGGAGGCUAACGUAGCGGGGGGGGGGAGCUGUUCUUGUCAUUGCUGUUCCAGCUCUUCUGCAAAAAGUAAGGCAAUCCUAGCAGCUGGUGGGAAACAGAAGAGCAGGUGGAGAAUUGUCUGAUUUUCAGAUUUAUUGUUUCCCCUUUCUUAGUAUUGUCUUGGGAUACUAUGGAGUUCCUGCAGGGCAGCAGAAGGUUUUGUGGGUUUAGCAAUGCUACUCCAGCAAAAGGCUCUCUUGCUUCUUCCCGCUGUGAAAGGCCACCUGACGGCUUCCAGGAUUUUACCCACACAGGUAUUAACAGCUUGCUGUUGGGCAGCAGACCAGAUCCUGCCAAAAUAUUUCAUAGCCACUGAACGGAGCUCUUUGAACUUGGGGCGGGGGCCCCCUCGGCUCAUUAUCAGUCUUGCCAACUUAUGAGAGGUGGGAGGAGCGGUCCUGUGGAGGGAGCCCCAUGGCAUGUUCAGGGUGGUCUGCCCAUGCUUUUGCCCUGACCUUUGAGUUCAUUGGCACUUACUUAGGGAGUGGGGAUUGUGAAGUUGGGCUAGAAUUCCAUUUCUUGAACCUGGAGGGGAGGAGAAGGCAAAGCGGAGGGGCUUCCCUGUGGUUGGGGAGGCCAGGGUCUUGCAGACACGCAAGAGCACGAGGUCUAGGUAAGCCCCCCAGCCCCCCUCCUUCAAAAGUGCAAUCAUGCCAAACAGUGUUGAACAAGGGCUCCUUUUCAAAGAAUUACUUGCCUUGAAGUGCAGAGGAGGGCAAAGUUCCAAAGGUGGCCAGUUGCUCCCUGGGGCAGAAGGGACGUAACUGCACAGUCUGCAAAAAUGUUUUUGUUUUGCCUUCCACUUGUUGACAGGCCUCUGCAGAGUGUGGUGUGUGUUGAGGGAGUAGGGUAUAUACAAGGCCAGAGGGGGCUUCUUGGUUCAAACAGCCACAAGCGCUGCCCUCAGAGCCUUCUGCUAAUGAGCCCAGGCCGCCUCUGAUGGCUGAGAGGCCAUUUGGAGAGGGCCAGGCUGGGCCAGGCUCUCUUUUCAGCAUCCCAGGCACAUGUGGUCACAGCAAAACUGAGGAAGCCUCUGGAGAAGGCAUUUCUAGGGCAGCCCGCCAGAGAUUUGGGGCUCCUACUGGCCCCUGCUAGUCCCAGCCCUACGAUGCCGGGCUGAUGGGAGCCCAAAACCUCUGGAGACGACAGGGGAGGGAGGUUGUCUGCCUGUGAAGGGGCCGACAGAGUGGGGGUGCCCCCUUUUUUUCUUUCCAAGACUUUCCCAAAAUCUCUGGGCAUUUGUGGGCCAGGGCAGGUCAGUCUCGAGCAUCAAAGAGUGCCUUGACUUGCGCUGAUGGUGACAUUGGACCCUCUUCAGUCACUGUGCCGUCCCCCCCCCCAGCUUUGUCUGCUUUUCAGGUUCCUGUUCCUUUCUCUGCUCUUUUCUCAUUUUCUGGGCUGCUGCUUGGUGCAUGUUGGGAAGUUUUUUCUGUUUGAAAAAGCCAACCAUGUGACAAAGCAGGUUUUAGCCACUGCCAGGCUCUUAGCAGCACAUGCAUUGCCGCUUUGUGUUGGGUGUGAUGGGACAAUCACCCCAGCAGAAGGGAAUCCCUGUUAGGACAGAUGCCUUCUAGCAGCAAACACUCCUCCUCAUCUCGCUGUGUCACUGAGAGCUGGACAUCUUCUCCCCUCUGCCUCUCCUUUCUAGAUGGGUUGCAAGUCUUCCGGCUGCAAGACUUGGCAAGCUCUCUGUGCUUCCAGUAGCUUCCAGAAGACUGGGUGGAGGCAGGUAGAUUGUGCUGGGUGGCAGGGUUCCCAUAGGACAGCUGCUCUGCAGAGACCGUGAGCGGGCUACGAGCUUGGCCAGGACCUCCCUUACCAUCUGCCUUCUCCUUUUCGACCACCAAAGAGAAGAGCUAUCCCAGGAGAGUUGUGCACAUUACACUGAGGCAGGACAACUAGAUGCCUGGCAAGAUCGUGGAAGUGGGCAAAUGAAUGUUCUCAUCUUGCAAAUAUGGUUUAAGGUACUGGGCACCUCAUGCUGGCUUUCUAGUUUGUUUCACCUCAAUGUCUUAUUGAGGCAAUUUCCAGUUGAUUGUGGUUUUGUCACCUGCUCAAAGCAUCUCCCUUCCCUGUUUCCUACCAGCUGGAGGCACGGCCAGCCUAUCCCUAGGGCAGGGUGAAGGAAUGUCCCUGGUGAGGGAACAUUUGAAGGGGGCUCCAGUACUGCCAGCCAGCCAGCUGCCGUGAUGUGACUCUUGUCCUCACAGUAGCAACCAUUCAGUCCUCAGAUGGCCAUUUUGCUGAUUUCAGGGAGACGUGUGUGGUGGAAUUUUGUCAGUUGCUUCAGAACUGCACGGUGGAAACCUCAGCCAUCUCUGGCGGAGAUGCCGGGCAAAAUGGCUACUGGUGAACGCCAGAAGAGUUUCUCCGUCUGGGAAAAUGGUUGCCGGUGGUCUGAACGAGGCUUGCUAGGCAUGGAGUACCUCAAGAGGAGCAAAGGUCUGGAGAAGGCCUCAUGAGGCCCUGGGUUGUCCAGCAUUCUCGAAGAACUCUGCCUACCAAAUCUUCCUGCUGCUUCCUGAGCUUUAGAGAUUUGGGGCAGGACUUGGAGACCUGAACCAUCAGCUCCUUUCUAUAGUCCAGGCUUCAGAUGUGACACACACCCCGGCCCGGUUUUUCCAGGUCUCUAGUCCAGGGCCUGAACUUUCCUCCUGCUGCUCCCUCUGAAGAGAAGGGAAGACUUGCCCCAAUGCCUCUGCCUUGUGCUGCCUCUGUAGGCUAAUCUCUUGUAAACAGCUACUAUAUAAGCUGAGGAAAUCAUGGACCCAAAGCUGUUUGGGUCCCCCCACCCCACGCCCUUUCCUAGGCUACACUUCCCUGUCAGUAUUACAUGCCGCUCUGUUGCCUCGGUUUGUAGUUUUUAACUUCACAUGCCACAGUUAGAAGAAACUGGAUUUAUUUUGUAUUCUGUUGUACAAUCAAAAUAAAAUCUGUACCUUUUUCUUUCUGCUGA